CUGCCUGCCGUCAUGCCGUGGCCCUUCUCCGAAUCCAUCAAGAAAAGGGCCUGCAGGUACCUGCUGCAGAGGUACCUGGGCCACUUCCUCCAGGAAAAGCUGAGCUUGGAGCAGCUCACCCUGGAUCUCUACCAAGGCACUGGCUCCCUGGCGCAAGUGCCCCUGGAUAAAUGGAGUCUUAAUGAAAUAAUGGAGUCAGCAGAUGCCCCUCUGGAAGUUACUGAAGGGUUUAUUCAGUCAAUUUCACUCUCUGUUCCCUGGGGCUCUCUACUUCAAGAUAACUGUGCACUUGAAGUGAAGGGCUUAGAGUUGGUCUUCAAACCAAGGCCCCGUCUAGCUUCUGGUUCAGAGCCAAUGUACUGGUCAAGCUUUAUGACUAGCAGUAUGCAACUUGCAAAGGAAUGUCUCAGCCAGAAGCUGACAGAUGAACAAGGAGAAGGGUCCCAGCCAUUUGAAGGACUUGAGAAGUUUGCUGAAACCAUUGAAACAGUUUUAAGAAGAGUGAAAGUAACCUUUUUAGAAACAGUUCUGAGAAUUGAACAUGUGCCAGAUAAUUCUAAAAGUGGAACAGCACUUGAAAUUCAUAUUGAGAAAACAAUGUACUGUGAUGAAACUGCUGAUGAAUGCUCUGGAAUUAAUGUACAUCAACCCACAGCUUUUGCUCACAAGUUACUUCAGCUCUCAGGUGUUUCUCUCUUCUGGGAUGAAUUUCCUGCAUCAUCAAAAUCCUCUCCAGUGUGUUCAACUACACAGUUGACAACAGAACCAAAGCUUUCACCUAGCUGGAACCCAAAAAUUGUAUAUGAGCCCCACCCACAAUUAGCAAGAAACUUGCCAGAGGUUUCUCCAUCAGACCCUGUACAGAUAUGUAAGCUGAUUGGAAGAAUGGAGCUCAGUCUUACAUUAAAGCAAAAUGAGGUGCUUCCCGGAGCAAAGUUGGAUGUAGAUGGACAGAUAGAUUCCGUACACCUGUUCCUGUCACCCAGGCAGGUACAUCUGCUGUUAGACCUGCUAGCAGCCAUUGCUGGACCAGAAAAUCCCAGUAGGAUGGAAUUGUCUCAUAAGGAUAGGAAAAAUCGACCAAUGCAACAGGAAGACGAGUAUCGGAUCCAAAUGGAGCUUAAGCGCUAUUUAAGAAAAGACACUUUGCCAGUGGGAGCGCAGUCUGAUCCGAGUUUUUAUGAGACUGAGGCAGCCAGAACUCCUUCAAGUCGUGAGGAGGAGGUUUUCUUCUCGAUGGCUGACAUGGAGAUGUCUCAUAGUCUGUCUUCUCUUCCACCUCUUGGAGACCCACCAACUAUGGAUUUAGACCUCUCUUUAACUAGUACAUAUACUACUACUCCUGCAGGAUCUCCACUUAAUACGGCAGUGCAGCCACCAGCAUGGGGAGAUUUUUCUGAUCAAAACAAGCAGGAACCACAGCAAAUAAGAGUUCCAUCAUUUACGCCCAGCGUAGUCCAUCCAGCUCCAUUAAGAAGGACUUCUCUUCCAUCUAGAUCUGUCUCAGUGGAUGAAUCUAGACCUGAACUUCUUUUUAGGCUAGUAGUGGGUGCUUUCUCAAUGUCGGUGCUUCAUAUUGAUCCUUUACCACCACCUGAAACGUCAUUGAAUGUUAGUCCGCUGACACCAAUGGCACAGGAUUUUUUUACCCGAAUAGAAAAGGUUGAUCCAGUUAAGUUUCCAAUGGAAGAUUUUCUGUCCCUCCGAGAAGUGUUUGCAAAGGCUUGUUCACAUGAUCAUCUUAGAUUUAUAGGUACAGGCAUUAAGGUGUCAUAUGAGCAGAGACAAAAAUCAACCUCUCGUUGCUUGAGUACAGAUUUGUCUGUUGGGCAAAUGGAACUUCUGGAAUGCCUUUUUUCUACUGACUCUCGUUCUGAAAUACCUCACUAUACAGAGCUUUUAAUGUUUAAUUCCGAAAAACAAGGAAACAAGUCGCACCCUCACUCCUGCCUUCAGCUCCAUUACAAACACUUGGAUAAUAGAGGACCUCAGGGUAGCCAAGGAAGACUGAGUUCUGUCCCACAGAAAGCUGAAUUACAAAUAAAGUUGAAUCCAGCGUUUUGUGAAUUAGAUAUCAGCAUUGUAGACAGACUAAAUUCUUUGCUUCAGCCACAAAAGCUAACGACAGUGGAGAUGAUGGCAUCACAUAUGUACACCUCGUACAACAAACACAUUAGCCUGCACAAAGCUUUUGCUGAAGUUUUUCUAGAUGAUUCACGUACACCUGCAAAUUGCAAAGUAUCAGUACAAGUAAUGGCGCCAUCUUUGAAGCUUUCCGUUCGCUUCCCAAUACCUGACCUACGAUCAGACCCAGAACGAGGACCUUGGUUUAAAAAGUCACUUCAGAAAGAAAUUCUUCAUUUAGAAUUUGUAGAUAUGGAACUUCAGACGGAGUUUACUGGAGGGCCAACUCCAGAGCAAGUUAAACUAGAGCUCACUUUUAAAGAGCUUACUGGGUCAUUUGAAGAAGGUAAAGGGGAAUCAGUGGUAAAUUUUUUUCAAGUCUCCAGUGGCAUAGUUGGAGAGAUGACCUCAUCAGACAACUUUGACUGGCCACGGAUUGUACUAAAAAUAAACCCACUUGCUGUGCACUCCAUUCUGGAAAGGGUAACUGCUGAGGAUGAGGAGGAAGUUGAUGGCCACUUUCAAGAGGAAGAAGAAGGUGGCUCUCAUUCCCUGAAGGAUGUGUGUGAUCUUAGAAGACCAGAGCCGUCCCCCUUUUCCUCUCGUAGGGUCAUGUUUGAGAAUGAAGAAAUGGUGAUGCCAGGAGACGCUGUGGAGAUGAUUGAGUUUCAGGAUAAAGCCAUCAGCAAUUCUCAUUAUGUACUGGAACUCAUGCUACCAAAUGUGUGCUUAACGUUACCAAACAAGAGUUUUUAUGAGAAGCUUUACAAUAGGAUCAGCAAUGAUUUAUUACUGUGGGAACCCACAGCUCCAUCCCCUGUAGAAACAUUUGAAAAUCUGUCUUACGGUGUUGGACUUUCAGUGGCCAGUCAGCUAAUCAACACUUUUAGUAAAGACAGUUUUAGUCAGUUCAAAUCUACAAUUCACUAUGAUGAUGAGAGUGGAUCCGAAGAGGAAACAUUACAGUAUUAUUCUACGCUCGAUCCCAACUACUGUUCAAGGAGGAAGAAAAAAGUUGAAUCCCAAAACAGGAACACUCAGAGUUUUCUUUCAGUUCUUUUGAAUGUUAAUCAUGGAUUAGUAUCAAUAUUCACAGAUGUGAAGCAGGAUGAUGGGAAUAUUCUAGAAGGCAAACAUGGAGAAUUUUGGUUUGAAUUCAGCAGUGGUUCUUUGUUCUGUGUUACAAAGUAUGAAGGCUUUGAAGACAAGCAUUAUAUAUGUCUCCACUCUGGUAGUCUCAGUUUAUAUCAUCAAGGUAUAGUAGAUGGUGUUGUCUUCCCAUCUGAAAUCAGACUACCAACUACGACACAUCCUCAUUGGUUAGAGCCUACCAUUUAUGCUUCUGAAGAAGGCAGCCUCAGUCGGACUUCAUCAGAUGGUGUGGGAGUGGAUUGCUUAAGUAUGCUGUCUGUUGCAGUUAAGAUACAGUCAAAUAAAUCUGAGACCAAUACAAAGGAGUUCUUAGUUGCUGUCGGCCUGCGAGGAGCCACUCUUCAACACAGAGUACUUCCUUCAGGUUUAAGCUGGCAUGAACAGAUUUUAUAUUUUUUGAACAUUUCUGAUGAGCCUGUGUUGGGAUAUAAUCCUCCAACCUCUAUUACAACAUUUCACGUCCAUCUCUGGAGUUGUGCUUUGAAUUAUUGGCCUCUGUUUUUGCCCACCAGAUCUCUUCUUACAGUUGAAACAUUUAGCAUUUCAAGUAGCGUCGCACUGGAUAAAUCUUCAUCUACUCUCAGAAUAAUCUUGGAUGAGGCUGCUUUGCAUUUGUCGGACAAGUGUAAUGCUAUAUUUAUUUUGCCUUUUUCAGAUUAUGUUAGAGUUAUGGAUAUGGGGCUCUUGGAACUGACCAUAAGGGCAGUAAAACCUGGAUCUGAUGGAGAGAGGAGUAAGCCACGCUUUGAACUACAUUGUUCCAGUGAUGUGAUCCAUAUUCGAACAUGCUCAGACUCUUGUGCUGCUUUGAUGAAUCUUAUCCAGUAUAUCGCAAGUUACGGGGAUUUGAAUCCUCCUGCUAAGACAGAGGCUGUCUCUGGAAUGAGCAAACAGAAUGCAAAGGCAGAAGUUUCCAGCCGGCCAGCUUCCCAAGGGCCAAUCCUUGCUGAAGCAGAUCAGCAGAUUCUACGAGAUUUAAUGAGUGAUGCUAUGGAAGACAUUGAGACCCAGCACGCUACUUCUCCCACUAAACCACAAGCUAACGGAAUUCUGGAUGAGAAGAUCCAGGUGCAAGUGCCGUCUUGCUCAGACCUCUUCCUGUUUCCUGAUGAAAGUGGGAAUCUCUCCCAAGAGCCAAGCCCCACGUACACAUCACUCACUCACCAUAUGAUUAGUGAAGCUCUGGGAGAAGCACCUUCUGAAAACGAUGACUUCUGCAUUCUUUUUGCACCCAAAGCUGUUGUCUCUGACAAGGAAGAGGAGCCGGUAGUAAAAAUAAUGGUUGAUGAUGCAAUCGUGAUAAAAGAGAACCAUUUCAGCCUGCCCGUAAAAAAGGCGGACACAAGCAAAGCUCCAUUGCGUUUUCCUGUUCCUUUGAUGCGCUACGUUGUGAAAGAAAUCUCGCUGAUUUGGCACCUUUAUGGGGGAAAGGACUUUGGGACUGUACCACCUACAUCGCCAGCUAAAAGUUACAUUAGCCCUCAGAGCUCUCCAUCUCACACACCAACAAGGCAUGGUCGGAAUGCAGCAUCUGGCGGAAGAGGAAGAAACCCAGAUUUUUUGAUGGAAAUACAGUUAAGCAAAGUAAAAUUCCAGCAUGAAGUAUAUCCACCAGGUGAACCAGAGGGAGAGGCCAACCUGUUGGAGCAGCCAGUGUCCCGUCAAGUGUUUGUGGUUCAGGACCUUGAGAUCAGAGAUCGCUUGGCUACAUCGCAGAUGAAUAAAUUUCUCUAUCUCUAUUGUAGCAAGGAGAUGCCUAGGAAAGCACAUUCUAACAUACUCACAGUCAAAGCGUUGCACGUUCGCCCAGAAUCAGGCAGAUCACCACAGGAGUGUUGCUUACGAGUGUCGUUAAUGCCACUUCGCCUCAAUAUUGACCAGGAUGCCUUGUUUUUCCUAAAAGAUUUCUUCACUAGCCUUUCUACAGAAGUAGAAGUCCUAAUGACUCCUGAUCCUGAAGUUAAAAAGCCUCCUGGUGCUGAAGUAACAUGUACCUUACCCAGGCACUACAGUGGUUUCAAGGAGCCAAGCCCAGUCAUUUCAUUCUCAUUACACAAACAAUCAAGCCAAAAUGGAAGUUUGGAUUCUGAGGAUGUACUCAAUGGCGAUGACCAUAAUUUCAUACAUGAAGAGGAUUCAUUCUGUGAUCAACCAAUCUUUUUCAGAGAAUUUCGUUUUACAUCAGAAGUUCCAGUGCGCCUUGAUUACCAUGGCAAACAUGUCUCUAUGGAUCAGGGUACGUUGGCUGGGAUUCUGAUUGGUCUCGCUCAGUUAAACUGUUCAGAGUUGAAGCUGAAAAGACUUUGCUACCGACAUGGGUUGCUUGGUGUGGAUAAGCUGUUCUCUUAUGCCAUCUCGGAAUGGCUUAACGACAUCAAGAAAAACCAGCUGCCAGGCAUUCUGGGAGGAGUUGGGCCUAUGCAUUCGUUAGUUCAAUUAGUACAAGGUCUAAAGGACUUGGUGUGGUUGCCAAUAGAGCAGUACCGAAAAGAUGGCCGAAUUGUAAGAGGCUUUCAGAGAGGGGCAGCUUCUUUUGGAACUUCCACUGCCAUGGCAGCAUUAGAGCUGACCAACAGGAUGGUUCAGACCAUACAGGCAGCUGCAGAAACAGCUUAUGACAUGGUUUCGCCUGGGCCUAGUUUAACUGAGACGAAAAAAAUUAAGCGACUUUCUCGCUACCGCCUAGCUCAUCAGCCUGUAGACCUUCGUGAAGGUGUGGCCAAAGCAUACAGCGUUGUGAAAGAGGGUAUUGCAGAUACAGCGCACACCAUCUAUGAAACGGCUGCCCGUGAACAUGAAAACAGAGGGGUGACCGGAGCGGUUGGAGGAGUUCUUCGCCAGAUCCCUCCUACAGUUGUGAAACCUCUCAUAGUUGCAACAGAGGCAACGUCGAAUGUUUUGGGCGGCAUGAGAAACCAGAUCAGGCCUGACGUGCGUCAGGAAGAGUCUCAGAAGUGGCGCCUUGGAGAUGACUGAUAGCUUUGCUGUGUUUGAGGCACAGAGCUUGGGAAACUGGAAGCAGAGACAGUUUACCCUUGUGGCAGCUUUAGGUGGAACAUAUCCUUUAAAAUAUGCUCAUCUCAGGAACGCAAGAGAUUGUAAAGCAAUUUAACAUCAGAACACGAAAUGUUCCAAGUAGAAAGCAGGCUUGGUACUCAAGUUGUUGGCAUAGUGCAUGCUGUCUACACACCUGCUGGUCAGUGCCAAAUGGGGUGGCACCUGUGUUGCCAAAUCCAAGACAUGCUGGCUUUAGACUGGGUACCAUGUUUUCCUUGGUAUCUUAAUUUUUGUUUGUUUAGAGCAACCCCACUUUGUGUACAUGUUUGUUCUAAAGGGACUCCCUAGACAUGGUGAACAUUUUUUUUUAAUAGCAAAGGGCUAUAUCAGUGCCCUUCUGUAACAGGGUAGACAUCUGUCGUGAGACGCAGACACUACAAAAUAUUAAACUCAAAUGGGAUUUUAGUUAUUUUGCUGACUGAGUUUUUGCCUCCCCGUGUGUCACUUAACAACAAGGACAAUUUGUCUAGGCGGCUGGUUAGAAAACUGUGUUCAUACAACUGUGGACAUUAGCUAUUUUGCCUUUGUGUCGAAUUCCUCCUUUUGUGGGGUUUUGCGAAAUCUGAAUGUUGCAGACAUGUUCUGUUGUGUUGCACUUUAAAGAAUUUAGGCUGUACAUUUGCUCUUUUUUUUUUUAAAAAAAAUAGCUAUUAAUAAAAUGUGAUGUGCAUUUUAUCCUUAUGUGGUUUAAAAACUUAUGCAAAUUAUUUAAAGGGACAAAAAACACUACAGGAUUGUCAGAGACAACAAAAACAAAUGGCUGUGCUCACAGUUGUUCAACCUGCGAAGGUAGCAAAAGAUGUCUAGUGAGUGUCUGGGGUCUAAAGAAACCCUUGCACGCUUACUGAACAUUGUUCUGUUCUUGGCAGCAAAAGGAGUGGGCCCUUGUGAAAGAUAUACUGGAAGUGGCAUACAUUAAUGUGAUCCGUGUUCUUAUGCUAUGCAAGCUGGAUUGUAACGAUCCUUUUCUCUGAAGUUACAUUACAAGUGGAUUAGCUUUUGAAUUUGCUCAGGCAUCAUUUGAAAAAUGCUGCUUGUCUGUGAUGUAAAUGCUUUUUAAUUGUUUCCACUUCCUUUUUGUGUGCACUCCUCAUUAUAAAGCAUAGCCUAUUUGUAGCUAAGAAAUAAUAUACAAGAGUGCUGUUGUAAGUUCUUGUCGUGACGGAUAAAGCUUCUUCCCACACAAAAUCGAAAACUUCACACACUUACAACUUGUUGGUAUAGCUAUUCAGCAAGUUCAUCAGCUGUUGUCAUCACACAGUUUGUGAGAGCAUUGUGAAGAAGCAAGCUAUACAUUGAAUGAACUGAAUAUUACAGAAGCAGCCAAUUUGCACAUAAGAGAGUGUGUGUGUGUGUGUGUGUGUGUGUGAGCAAGCUUAUAGUUUUUGUGGCUGAUGGAGGCAGGUAGGAGUAGAACGAUGAACAAGCACCAUCUUGGUGCCUAAAGUAAUUAAGCUAAAUGGUGAUACAAUCAACUCUGUGUUUCUGAAACAUGAGGAGAAGUUUUGUGCCCAGUCUGGUUGUGUCUGACAGCUGCUUCAUCCAGGUGCUUCUUAGUUUGCUUUACUUAAUAGCAGCAGGAGGGUCAUGGGCUCCAUCUAUGUCAGCAAAGUCCCCCCACCUAGCUGUUGUUUGAAAACUUGCCUGUGGGUUGGUCUGUUGUGGGGCUGGGGAGGGAGGGAGAACACACAGCCUUCGGACUGUACAUUGUUUAUCUAGGUUGGACCUGGGUUGCUACUUGUUGCCUAAGGCAUUUGGAUGGAUGCUGUACAUACGAUCAUUCGAUGCGAAACAAUCAUUCUUCAAAAUGCACUUAUGCAGCAUUGGUGAGUGUUUUGAACUUCCAGCAGCGGGUCUGCCCAUUUUGCUACUGCUCGAGUGGGUGUCCUGUUAUGUGUGUGUUCAGUGCACAGCUAGCAGUAUUCACAAGUUUAAUAAUAGUAGAAGGUGAGGCAUCGUAAUUUAAAUAUAUACAAAAAAAUAGACUGGACGGAGUUACCGUUAGCUUUUUGUUCAGUGUCUCUGUUAAGUGUUAAAUAUUACAAGGGACUAUAUACGAAUGCCUCUCAAUAGCUGCUUGAUGAAAUAGCUGAAAUGCACUUCCUCCUCCCCCGCCCUCCCGGCCAUGUUCUCUACUAUAUAAAGUAGCAAAUGAUGUGCACUGGUUGUGUUACUUUUACAGAGCCACUUUGUUAAUUCUGUUUGCCUAAUUUCUGGGGAUGAGAAUGUUAAUGUGUGCUCAGUGAAACUGACAUCAAGGAAGCAAAUAGCACUUCAUGCUGUCUCCUGGUAGUGAACUGUGCCUGCAGCUGAGACCAUACAGAUAUAAAUGCUUUUUAAAUGUCGUAGCUAACACGGAUCAUUCAUGUGCUACCUGCAGGAGACCUGCACCAGGGCAGAGCUGGAAUGUUGCCAAGCUAGAAGUUUGGCAAGAAUGGAUGCUCACCCACUUUCUUCCUUGAGGGGAAUUUCCUUAGAGGUGGAAAGGACACCAUCCUGCUCCGUUCUUCUUUAACAGCACUCCUUCAGUCCAGGAUUCUUUGCUGUGGGAGCCUUUCCUUUGUCGUGACCUUGAGCUAGCUGGCCUAAAUUUUCAAUCCUGGUCAGAUGCCUUUAAGACAGCAGGAAAAGGUAUCACAUCCUUUUGUCUGCAAUCUGUGCUAGACAGCCAGUGAGAUGUUUAAUGUGCAAGUCUAUGGCUGAGCAAUAGUCUCAAUCCAUCCACAGUGCUAUGCAUGUGGAAAUAUGUUUCCACACAGGGACUUGCAUGUAGAUCCGUGCAUUUGCAUCCUGAUAUGGCAGGCAGAAUAACUGUAAUUCAUGCAGCUGUAGCUGUGUUUGUAAUCUUGUGGUUCUGGCUCCAUGUGAUCUGUUACUUCCCCUAACCAGGAGGAGGAUUAAGGAAUUUUCAAAAACCUAAAUACUCCUGCUUAGCAACUAACUAAGAUACGAUAUACAGGUGUAAAAGAGGAUGUAGGAGCAACAGUUUCCAGAAAUGGAUGGUCAUUGGAGGAAUUUGGUUCACAAGGGCAGAAUUCUGCAUCAAUAUACAGACUGGGCCCCAACAGUCCACUUGGUGGUUUCACCCAUAUUUGUGAGAUAUAGAUGGGGUCUUUUUUGCUAUAAUAAAAAAAGCCCAAUACAUAUUUAUUAUAAGGAUUGCAGUGGAACAAAUUCCUAAUUACUGAAAAUAUUAAUUUUUUGGGAAAAAAUAAACAGUGUCUAAUCAGAGUAGAGUGGUAUUAUCAGUGAAACUGUGUCAUUACCAUGAGUUGGAUUUCAAAGGCCCAUGUGGGCAGAGGCUUCCUGUAAUUUUCCUGUGAAAGUGCUUCUCACAAACAGAUGUCUCCAUACAUAGAGCCUCAUGCACACUUUAAAAUAGCUGGAUCACAGGAAUGGGGAAAUUCUACAUGUUCAAAAACCUUGUUCUUCAUGUAGUGUGCUGUAAUUAUCAUUUGUUGAAGGUCCAUACAUUAUUUGAUAGUGGCAGCAGCUAACGUAAAAGAGCUGAGCCUAUUUGAAAUAGCCUGAUUAGAAAUUGAAUAGCCUAAGUUUCCCUUCUCCCCAGUACUACUCUGUAAUAAAAACACAGCAAUUUAACUUAAAUGUACAUUUGCGUAGAAACAUCCUGUGUCACAAAGCAAUAGAAAAUAAUUUAUUUUCAGCAGUAAAGACACACGGGUAGUUGCGCUCUUGAAUUGUUGUUAUAAUCUUGCCUCAUCCAUCACCAGCCUUCGACAGCUUUUGUUUCUGACAGCAGGUUCACUUUUCUACUGCUGCUGAAUCAUGUUUACAUUUUGAAAAUCAAGUUGGCUCAUCAGGACUAAUCAUGCACUUAUCCUGGAUUUCUACGAGAGAGGGGAAACCUACACGCAAGCUAAGUGUAGCUUAGGACAAAGAGAACUGUUUGUGUAUGUGUAUAUUUUUACCAAUUUGUCAAAAGUUUGCUUUUUGUGGUAUUUUGUAUAUAGUCUGCUAAUGUACAAAACCUUGUAUAAUCCUGUGAAAUCUAGAAGUCCCUCUUGAAGAGAAUUGCGAUAAUUUUUCUUUCUCUUGCUUAAAGCAAUGUUGCUUCCAUAGUUUGAUACAAAACUUGAUGUCUAUUGAAUGGCCAAGGCCUUAGAUGAAGAAGACAUUCUGUUCUAUACAUUUACCUGAUGACCUGUCAGCUGAUAUCAUUAUCAAAAUAAACAUUAUGAACUACCA